AUGACCACCUCCUGCUGCUCCCCUUGCUGCCAGCCCACCUGCUGCAGGACCACCUGCUGCAGAACCACCUGCUGGAAGCCAACCUGUGUGACCAGCUGCUGCCAGCCCAGCUGUUGUGUGUCCAGCUGCUGCCAGCCCAGCUGCUGCAGAACCACCUGCUGGAAGCCAACCUGUGUGACCAGCUGCUGCCAUCCCUGCUGUCCCGCAAGUUGCUGCUGUACACCCUGCUCUGAACCCUGCUACUCUGCAUCCAGCUGCUGCCCAUCUUCCUGCACUUCCAGGUGCUGUAGUACACCCUGCUGCCAGGCCAGCUGCUACCAGCCCUGCUGCCAACCAAGUUGUAAAACCACCUGCUGCACAACCACCAGCUGUAAACCAACUUGUGAGACUAACUUGUGCUGCCCACCCUGCUGUCCCCCAAGUUGCUGCUGCACACCCUGCUGUGAACCCUGCUGCUGCCAGCCAAUUUGUUGUAAAACUACCUGCUGCAAGACCACCUGCCUUAAACCAACUUGUGUGACCAGUUGCUGCUGCACACCUUGCUGCCAGCCCUGCUGCUGCUGA